CGUGGUUCAUGUUUAACAUCAAGUUACUUGCUCAGUUUACAGAGCCUUGUCCUUGGCUUCUCGCUCGCGUCAAUCUUCCAUAAUUACUCAGACUGGCGGUUGAAUGAUGCGGGACCUGUACAAUGCUCUGCCCCUGCCAGACGACCGACCAAUUACAUCCGUGUGUGUGGUCGAGGAGUUGUCCGGAUGUCCCCCCAACUACACACCUGUAUCUAAGACCCAUGACCAGGACAUAGAUGCAGACCUUUAUAAAGAUGGCUUCUUCAGGAGGGUGACCCGCUACCUGUGUCACAGCAAAACUGAAGGUUACAUGGGCUAUGUGGUGGAGCAUCUGGCUAUUGUUAAUGAUCGAGACUCAAGACCUGCAGGAUACACCAUUGUUGAACAAACCUUUGACACAAGUCAGAAAGCAUUUAAGAAGAAGCAGCUGUGUUACAAACAAGUUCCUCGCACUAUGGCAACACAGACUAUCACAGACAUCAUCAUCUUGAGUCGCUCCAAGGUGGCCCCAGAAGGGUUCUCUCUGGUGGGGGAGAUGAACGGCCUGUGUGUGUGUAUCAAGCCUGGCCCAGCACCCACACCUCAACACAACAAGCCUUCUGCUCAGGCUUCAUCCCCACAUCUCUAUAGUGUGGAGCCCAGCAGCAGGGGAAGUACUGGAGGUGGUGGUGGGGGAGGGGGAGGUCUGUACCCUGGUUUAGGCCCAGCCAGACCUGCUCCAGCCCCACCUGUUGCUGGGUCCGGUCAGCCCCAGGGUCCUGCUCCCCCACUACCCCCUCGUAACCCACCCUCCUAUGCUUCCCCGACCCAUGCUAGUCAAAACAGUAAUACACUCUAUGGUCCAGGACACUCUGCUCUGUUUGGCGUGCCAUUCAUCCUCAAUAAGAAAUAUGUGAAGUCAUCUGAUAGUGGAUCACAAACUCUGCCAGUAAUAACUAAGAAGAGUAAACAACAGAUUGAGGAUGAGGUGAGACCACGGUGGACGGAAAUAAAGUCCACAGGAAAAAAAGUCACAUGACUUGUAAACAUUGACAACAAAAUAUA